AACAACCCGGAAGGAGUCCAUAACACAGCAGAAGGGAGCACCGAGUGGUUUCGCAGGGAUUAUCAGCGCAGCUCUGUGGACUCAAAACAAACUAAUUAUGCAGCUUUACUUCACCAAAGACGUGUUACCGGACUCAGUCAGUACUGACUUCCAGAACCUGAAUAAAUUCAACGAGCAGCAGUUUCAUCGCCUGAUUCAAGUUCUGUUCCAGUUCCUCCUGGAGCCAAAAGAGACAGAGAGGUUCAUGCAGCAGCUCACUGAGUUUGCAGGGGAACACGGGAUGAGUGCAGGUCCUCUGAGGAACUUGAUGAAGAGUGUCCUGCUGGUGCCACAGGGGGCCCUGAAGAAAAACUUGUCAGGCGAGCAGAUCAAAGAUGACCUUGUUACAUUAGGACUCAACGAAGACAAGGCCACACACUUUUCACAGCAGUGGUCGGAACACUAUGCGGCACUGUCCAGACUUGCCGUUGCACACACUCUGAUGGUAAACCAGCUAGUUGACAUGGAGUGGAAGUUUGGAGUGACUGUCGGCACCAGUGAGAUUCAGAAAACAGGCAACAUUUUUCUACAGUUGAAGCUGGUGGUCAGACGGGGGAAUUCCACUGAAAAUAUCUACAUGGAGCUGACGCUGCCUCAGUUUUACAACUUCCUACAUGAGAUGGAGAGAGCCAAGGCCAGCAUGGAGUGUUUCAGCUGACAGGCGUGUGUGUCUGUGAAUGUAAGUGUGUGUGUAUGCUCCAGUGUAGCUGUUAGACAGUGUGUGUGGUUUGUGUUGUGUCAUUUUAUGUGUGAGUGGUGGUGGAGCAUUGUCAGCCCACAUGUGACUGAAGUUAAAUUCACAAACAAAUUUUCUACUCCGAUCUACUAAUAAACAUGAAACACCAUGAAAA